UUAGGAGUAGGUGGAGUCAGAAUCAAGUUCCCACAACUUGCUAAAGACUAAAGCAGCAGUGCUCUGAAAACACCAAAGGUUUUUGGGUGAUAAGUUGUGAUGGGGUUCAAAGAUGUGGUUUUGUUGGGGUUUGUGCUUCUCCUUUCAGGUGCAGAUUUUUGCGCUGCUACACAAAACUGGUUUAACUUUAGCAACAAUGAGAGUCUGACCCAAAUCCCACAACAAGUGACGACAAGUUUACAGCUGCCAAGAUCACCGCAGACAACAGAUCAUCAGUCAAACCGGACACAGCACAGUCACCCUGUCCGUUCUCCUUUCAGCUACUGGCUCAGGAGCUACCAGCUCAGAAACCCAGCUGUUGGCAAACAAAAAACACUCCAGUCUCCUGUGGAGCCAAGCGAAACUGUCCAAGCUCCAGAGUUGUUAAAGUUGCUGGUCCAAGGCCCAGAUCUGAACCCACCUAUCAAGCAGGAAUCAAAGGUGCAGGUGUUUGAGCCACGGGCUCCUGUGCCAUCCAACAGUGUGGCAGUGCGCUGUGGCGAAGGAGAGAUCACUGUGGAGGUCAACCAGAACUUCUUAGGAAAUGGUCAGUUUAUCCAUCCAAGUGAUCUGACAUUAGGAGGCUGCGCUGCGCUAGACACCACUGACCACAUCCUGCAUUUCCAGACAGAGCUACAGGACUGCAGCAGCGCAAAGAAGGUGACUGAAGAGGCCCUUGUCUACUCAUUUUCUCUGAUCUACUCCCCAACACCCAUUGUAAACACGUUCAUUUUAAAAACCAACCCUGCUGAGGUGGUAAUUGAAUGCCACUAUCCAAGGAGGCAUUAUGUGAGCAGCAACGCUGUGAAGCCUACCUGGAAGACGUUUGCUUCCAGCAUCUUAGCAGAGCAGCAGCUGCACUUCUCCCUGCGUCUCAUGACAGAGGACUGGCAGUCACAGAGGCCUUCUAGUGUAUACUUCCUGAGUGACGUGAUGCAUAUCGAGGUGGCGGUCCUCCAGGGUCACCAUGUCCCAGUGAGGGUCUACGUGGACAGCUGUGUGGCCACCGUGAACCCCGACCCCAAUUCUCAACCUAGAUACCCCUUCAUCAACAACCAUGGGUGUUUAACUGAUGCUAAGCUGACAGGAGCCAAGUCUUACUUCAUGCAGAGGAGCCAGGAGGAUAAACUUCAUUUCCAGCUGAAAGCCUUCAGGUUCCACCAAGAUCACAGGAAUUCACUCUACAUCACAUGUCACUUGAAGGCAACAACAGUCUCCGUUCCCAUUGACACACAACACAAAGCGUGUUCCUUCUUGACAGAGGCCAACAGAUGGGUUGCAUCAGGUGGAGACAAUAAGGUGUGUAACUGCUGUGAGACCAGCUGCAGCGAACAGAGACGGAGAAGAAGACUAGCAGCAGAUGCUGGGCUUCCUCCAGAUCAGCGGUGGGAGGGAACAGCUGUUCUGGGCCCCAUCCUAUUGGAGGAGAACAUCCUACAAGAGGAGCUGACUGAGCUCCUUCCAGAGCCAGCUUCUCUACUCCAAACACAUGAAGUGACUGGAGCAGCCUUGUAUUCAUCAAUAGCCCUGCUGUGUGGUGUGGGUGCAGCGCUGGCUGUGGUGUUGCUUGUUUUCAUGGGUGCCGUUAUUUUCUGCAGACUACGCAAACCCACUGGGCACAAUGUUUGUACCUGAUUUUAAGACAAUAAAACCUU